AUGGAACCCAAUGAAAUGCCUGCUGUCCACCACUGCCCCUCAGACUCUGCCACAGCGGGUGAGACCAGAGCCCCCCAGGGCACGGAGCUUAUCCCCAGGAGAGCCAUCAGUCGCUCUCCAACCUGUGCACGCUGCCGCAACCACGGUGUUACUGCCCACCUCAAGGGCCACAAGCGCCUCUGCCUCUUUCAGGCUUGCGAGUGUCACAAAUGUGUCCUCAUCUUGGAGCGCCGAAGGGUCAUGGCUGCCCAGGUGGCCUUGCGUAGGCAGCAGGAGGCACAGCUAAAGCGGCACCUGGCUCAGGGACUGAUAAGGAGAGGGGAAGCCCCUCCCAAAGCUCCCAGCCAUGUCAAGAAGGGAGCCACUCAACCACGGCUCUGCCCUGGAAAAGAGAACAUAGUGCCCCAGCCUGAGACCCCCCAUGGGGCAGUCCCACAGGCACUGACACCUCCUGGGAAGACCUCCCAGGGACCUCUGCUGCUCAGCCGUCCCCCAAAUGCCUUGCCUUUGCCCUGGACUCCAGUGCCUCCAGGCCCUAGGGCCCCUGGACACUGGCUGCCUCCAGGAUUUGCCAUGCCACCCCCAAUGGUGUGCCGCUUGCUAUGCCAAGAACCUGCUGUCCCUCUACGUCCCUUCCCUGGGUUUGACCCCGGCACCUCCCUCCGGCUGCACAAUCUUGAGCCCCUCCCAACCUGCCCAGGAUCUCACCCGAUACUGAUGGCUCCUCUUUCUGGAGAAUCCCAAGGGCCCUCUGCCCUGCCCCGCACAUGCUCAACUCUGAUACUCCAGCCCUGUGGCACCCUAGACCCUCUUCUGCUGCAACCACAGGCCCCCAGAGCCUCUCGCCUGGCCUGGACCUCUGCCCCCUCAGAGCGGCAGCUGCAGCAGGAGGCAGCUGAGGCUCUUGUGGGGCUGAAAGAUUUGUCCCAGGCUCCCCGCCUGACCUCUUCUGUCCCCCCAAACCCUGCCUGGAUCUCCCUGCUCCACCCUUGUGGCCCACCAGCUCCUGCUGGAGGAAGAGGAUUCCAGCCUGUUGGCGCCUCUCUCCGACCCAGCCCAGCCCCCUCCGUAGCUCUGCAUAUUGGGCAUCUGGGGUCCAUCUCCCUCCUAAGCUAGAAGCCCAGAGGUGGAGGCCUUGCUGGGGCAGGGGGCAACAGCCUGCAGGCACUGCAUAUUUGAUAUUUUACUUAUGGAUUUAUGCAUCAAAUUUAAUAUAGUACAAACUUCGGGCUUUUUUUAAGCUUUCAGGUGCUUAGGUAGGUGUUAGCUUUUGGUUCCCUUUGUAGUGGGGGCAUUUCCUUGCCCAAAGGUGGAUAUUCUCUUACCCCCACCCUUGGGUCCUGGGACCUUUUCAAAUCCCCAACAAAGAAAGAGUUGUGCAGUUUAAGCUAACCAAUAUCAAAAUAGGUUUUGGCAUGAAUUCAUGUUCCAGGGUAUUCAUUUGACACAUGAUUCUGUACAUACCUAUGCACUCAUGUCUGUCUCCAUGCAUGUGAAAACAGAAGAGUAUUUUCAUUUUGUGUCUCGGUUUGUGUGAGUAAGC